CCGCAGUAGACGUUAGAUGAGCGCUGUCGCUCCGCGGCACUUGUUUAACAUUUAGUGGCUCAGGAUGCAGAAACAGCAGUGUAGAUAGGGUUAGAACCCCUGCUAGUUCAACCUCACAUGCAGGACAGAGAGGGAGGACUAUUAGAGGAUAGGUGUAGCAAGUCAGGGAUUGGAGGGGAGACUCCUGCUCGAAAAAGGUCCAGAGAGGCAUCUGAAAGUUCACGGCCUUCAACAAAAAGAUUUUGCUCUGCUGACGACAGAUACCCUCUUCCAGAAGCGAAAUUCCAGAAAGGUGUGAUCAAGCUGCUGCUUUCCAUCAGGGACACCAUGCUGCUGGACAUUGCCCCUGAUGGAUCAGCAACCCCACCAACCCCUGUCGACACGGAGGAGGAGUUUGACAUACUAGAGGAAAGGUUGGACGAUGAGAUGGAAAGAGCAACCCUAAAAAGGUAUUUCAGAAGGCUUGGGGGAGUGGAUGCAACAGACAUGAUAAAAAAGUCCAUGUCUGCCUCCCUGAGUAAUAAGAUUAUGGCAAAGAUGAAUCUGAAGGGAAAGUGCGCAAAAAUAGCUUUCGCCAAAUCGCGGCUGUUUAAAAUCAUCUGUG